CAAACCCAUGGAGGGGGUGGGAAGAGAAUAUAGACACGGCACAAUUCCCCUGCCCUCCACCCCCGCCCCGAAAGAAAGCUGGUCUCCCUUAGACCCUGCAACAACCUGGAGGGGAAACACUGGACGUGUGGGGGGUGGUAAGAGGUGGGGCGGUGGAGGGGAGUACAGGGCAGGAGCAAAGGGGGUCAGAAAUCAGAAUCGAGGAUCCCAGAAGUCCAGAUGGGCCAAGACCUUAAGACUCCAGGAGAUGGGGAGGAAAAUUAGAGCAAGACUGAGGGAAAGUUCACUAAAUAUCUCCCAAAGUUGGAAGUGUGCAAGAGAAAAGGUAGAGGGGAGGAGGAAAGAAAAGGGCCGGUCCCCUUUACUCUCCUUGGAUGUGCAGGUGUGGGUGUCUAGUGGGUGUCUGCCUUCUCACUCAGGCUUGAGUGUGUGUGUUUGUGUGGUGGGGGAAGAGCUCUCCUCUUUGCCCCUGCAGGAGCCAAUGGAGUCUCCGAGUGCUAAGCGAGGAGCUGGAGAAAUGAAAGAUGGGGGGACAGAGGGCCCUACCAAACGUACCCGCCAUGCCCCUUCACUGCCCACCGAUGCCUCCCUCUACGUGGGCUCCUUCCCGUUCUACCGUCGCCCCUCGGAAUUGGGCUCCUUCUCCCUGGAUGCCGAGCGCCGCUACCACGGAGACUCUCGGGCAUUGCGUUACUUUGCUCCUCCCCCAAUCCACAGUUCUGCCCCUGACUUCGACCUCCGGGAAGGCUACCCCGAGCGCUACCGGCCCCGAAAUGAGGAGAUCAAAGAGGGGCUGGAUCACCUACUUCGCUGGCUCCUGGAGCACCGAGGGCAGCUGGAAGGGGGCCCAGCCUGGUUGGCAGGGGCUGUGGUGACAUGGCGAGGGCAUUUAACAAAGCUGUUGACAACACCUUAUGAACGUCAAGAAGGUUGGCAGCUUGCAGCUUCACGCCUUCUCGGUACUCUUUACCUGAGUGAGGUGGAAACACCUGCUGCUAGGGCACAGAGACUGGCUCGUCCUCCAUUCCUUCGGGAACUCAUGUACAUGGGGUACAAGUUUGAACAGUACAUGUGUGCAGACACACCAGGGGGCUCUCCUGAUCAUUCUGGAGAGGUCAAUACUAAUGUGGCAUUCUGCUCAGUGUUACAAAGUCAAUUAGGAACCCAUCACCUGCUCUUCUCUGGAGAGGUAGACUGCACAGACCCUAAAGCUCCAUCUACACAGCCACCUGCCUGCUAUGUAGAGCUCAAGACCUCAAAAGAAAUGCACAGCCCUGGCCAAUGGAGGAGCUUCUACCGACACAAACUCUUGAAGUGGUGGGCUCAGUCAUUCCUUCUUGGGGUUCCACGUGUAGUUGCUGGCUUCCGGGAUCCUGCAGGUGCUGUCCGAUCACUCAGAACCUUUCCCACCAUGGAAAUGUUUGAACUCAUCAGGAAUGACCGAGAAGGUUGGAAUCCAUCUGUAUGUAUGAACUUUUGUGCUGCUUUCCUCAGCUUUGUCCAAAGCACAGUCACUCAAGAUGACCCCAGGCUUGUUUACCUCUUCUCCUGGGAGCCAGGUGGCCCUGUUACUGUGUCUGUUCAUUAUGAUGCUCCCUAUGCCUUUCUGCCUACCUGGUAUGUGGAUGCUGUGACCAAAGAAUUCCCUUCACCUCCUAAGACCUCCUAAGUAGCCCAGGGGACUAAUUUCUCCAGGGGAUUGAUCAAAAAGAGGCUGGUCCCUCCUUCCUACACACACAAAAUAAAAGCAUUCUUAACUA